AUGUCGCACGUCGUAGCGGUGCUCAAGUCGGCCUGGUCCUCGCUCAACCUCGAGCUCAAAAACGAGGGCAGCGUCGCACGAGACCACCUCGCCUCCGAACGCACCUUUCUCGCAUGGCUCAGGACCAGCCUCAGCCUCGUCUCAAUCGGCAUCGCCCUCACCCAGAUCUUCCAGAUCCCCUCGCUCGUCGGCCACAAGUCGCUCAGCCAGCGCGCACACCUCCUCCUCCUCCUCCAGCAGCAGCAGCAGAGCGGCGACUACCUCGAAGCAGACGAUGCACUGCUCCCGCGCGAGGUCCACCGCGAUCUAGCAAGGCUUGGCAAGCCGGUCGGCGGCGCCUUCAUCAUCCUCGGCACCAUCGUCCUCCUCCUCGGCUGCCGCAGGUACUUUGUCGUACAGGGCCAGUUGACCAGGGGCAAGUUCCCGCCAUCAAAGCUGUCCAUCUCGAUAACCGCGGGCCUGGCCGGCGCGCUCAUCAUCGCAGCCACAUCGGUAGUCCUCGUCGGCGAGCGCACCUGA